AGCAAAUGAAAUGCAACCGUGCGCCCAAACCCCAACACUAAAAAGUUUUUUUUUAUUGGCCAAAUCGGGAUAAAAUCAAGUCAAAAUAAGGCACAAUACUAGAGUGCGCCGACCGCAGCGUAGAGUACCAAGAGACUUAAUUGAAUUCUGAUUGUUAACCGGACAGGACGAGGAUCCGCAGGCGGCGCGAUGAGUGUCCUGGCGUAUCCACGUACCAACGACGAGGAGAUUUUCCGUCACUGCACCAAGGACUGCGGCAUGGUGACGGCCACAGAUGACUUCCAGUACUUCGCCCUGCGUUGCAUCUUCUGCAGCGAGAAGUUUCUCUACUUCGACUCCUUCAUCGGCCACAUGCAGACAGUUCACCUGGGCGACCAGUCCGUGGCGAAUACCUCCUCCCGUCUCCCCUUCAAUCUCGGCGAGCCCAUGUCCCUGUCCGGUCGUAAUGGGGAUCUGCCCAACUUCCACGAGAUCGAAGACUUAACGGACGCGGACACAGCGCUGCUGGAGCCCCAAAUGGUCAUCAAACAAGAGCUCCAGGAUCUGCCCUGCAGCGAUGAUGAUGUGGUCGCCGGCGAAGAAGACGACGAUGAGCAACGGCUGAACGAUUCCGAGGCCGAUGAGGACGAGGCCAUAUUACCCGAAAGCGAUGUACCGGUGGUCAGUUCCAAGACGCGGGCACGCAAAAAGGUCACAAAGCAGCGCCAGAGGGACAUGUCUAGCGAGCUUCUCAUCGCCGGUGACGGCGAUUCAUCCAUGGACGACUACGGUGAUCCGGAUCACAGCUAUAUGGACGACAAUUCCGGAGAGUACAUGGACUUUGCUGGAUUCGACGGCGUUAACCACAGUGGUUUCGGAACCGAAUCGGACUUUCUCAGCUAUGAUGAGAUGGUGGAGGAGUCCCUGCUGGGACGCGACCGGGAGGUUACGAUGCACAUCAAGGACCGCAAGAUGAUCCAGUUUCUCAUCCACUCGUAUCAGCGCAACCCCUUUUUGUGGGACCACGGCAAUGCACAGUUCCGGGAUCGCGUUAAGCGCGCCCGCUUCCUCGACUGGAUUGUGCUGGAGUUCAAGAGCCGGUUUAACAUCUCGCUGGCCAAGGACGCCAUCACCCGUAAGUGGGACAACCUGCGCACGGUAUACAAGCGGGAGUGCAAUCGCAUGGCUCUGGAGAAGACCAACAUCAGUACGCUGUGGUACUUCAAGGAGCUGCACUUCCUCAACGAGGUAUACAGCUACAACGAUAAGAUGUCCGAUGCUGUUGUUAAGGAAACCUCCUAUCGCCGCCGCUUCUCGGCCAUUUGGAACGAUACGUCUACUGCCAAGCUGCUGAGCAUGGUGAAGCGGUACCAGUGCUUUUACAACCGCUUCGAUCCCGACUACCGCAGCAAGGAGCGACGCGGCGAGGGACUCCAUCAGAUGGCCAUUGAACUGCAGCAGCUGAUCGAUGUGACCACCAUCCAGAUAUCAAAGCGCAUUUCCCAGCUGCGAUUCGAUUACUCCAAACAGAAGAUGGAGCGCCUUAACAGCGAGAGGCUGGGCAAGAAAUUCAUUGCGAACUAUUUGUACUACGAUCAGAUGCACUUUAUGGACGACGACAUUCCGCCAUUUAAGUGCGCACACUGCCCGGAAAUAGUGCAAACACUCAGGGAACUGGACCUCCACAUGCUCACCCACCAGCCUAGUUUGGGUGGCGGUUACUAUUGCAACAUCUGCAGCAUACAGUUCCACAAUGCCCAGGAGUUCGAUAACCACAAGCAGUUGCAUUUGGGCGGCGUAACCGAGAUCAAGUUCAACUGCGAAUUGUGCACGGCCAGUUUCCGCGAGAAGGCCAACUAUGAUGAGCACCUGCGGCGCCAUAACGAGGAGCUGUUUCUGCCCUCGCUGGCGCUUAAUCACAGCAUCAUGGAGGGCGGCCUGGGAGAUGACGAGAUCGGAGUCGAGGGCGAGGAGUCCAGAGGCAGCGGCAGUCGCCGCAAAAGGAGGCACGCUGCGAAAGCAACCGAUGACAUGGUCGACGAUGAUGAUCGAAUUGGCGGCGGUGGUGGUGGUGGUUCUGGUGGUGGUGGCACUGACAUUGCCAAGCCGUAUGGAUGCGAUGUGUGUCGCCGCAGUUUCGCCACGCCGGGCCACCUGAAUGCGCAUCGAAUUGUCCACCAGGAUGAGCGGGAGCGGUGCUAUAAAUGCGACUAUCCGCAGUGCAAUAAAUCGUUUGUGGCGCGCAACAGCCUGUUCGAGCACCUGAAGCAGCACUACAGCAACGAGGAGUUCAAGUGCGACAUUUGCGGCAAGACGUUCAAGUCGACAAAGAAUCUGCAGAACCACAAACAGAUCCACGACAAGAUCAAGCGCUACGUCUGCCAGAUAUGCGGUUCGGCAUUUGCCCAAGCGGCCGGCCUCUAUCUGCACAAGCGUCGACACAAUCGACCCAAUGGUGCCGUCGGCGCUGUUGGUCGUUCGGGUCGUAGCAGUCUGUGAGAUAGGGAUUGGGAGAGGGACAAGGACAAGGACUGGUCCAAGGCCAAGAGUCGCGGUAGGGGGCGCGGACGUGGUCGUGGGCGUGGUCGCUAUGUCAAAUAGUUUUAAAUUUAACUAAAAUUGAAACUGUAACUGCAACUGUAACAUCUUUAAAUUGCCAGCUACUUAGGCAACUUAGUUAGCUUUCUUAAUCUUAGUUUUAGAUUCACUCGAUGUUCAGAUCUAUUUUGCAAUUUGAUUCAGUUGAAAACCGAAAACCAAUGCCAGGGAACUGAAAUUAAGCAGUAACAAUAACUUUGCAUACAUGCAGCUAUCAUACAAAUAUCAUAUUUGUAUGUCCAAUUUUGUCUGAAUCGAAACCGCGAACAGGGUCUCAUGUAUUAUUUUGUUUUUAUAUUUAUUAGUUCUCGAAGCUAUACAUAAUUUAAUUGUACUCUAUUCGAAUCCACUUACCUGUAGACGUACUUAAACACAAAAAGUAUUUAACAACAACGCCCAUGAAUGCAACUUUAGUUCUAAGAAAUUGGUAGAACACUUACACUUCCUUUGACUUCCCAAUGAUUUUUGAGUGAGUUCAAUUUGACAGAGAAGGCGAUAGGAAGGGCCAGAAAGAGAGGGGUAGAGAGGUACUUAUAAUUAAUAACAAAUGCUUAACAUUUCAGUGCCAAUUUCGAGUUCUUCUCUCCAGACACACACAGCAUUACAAUCUGAUUAUUGAUGUAAGAAUUGUAUACAUUCCUUCCCGUCCCGCGAUAAUCGAUGUGAGCGAGUAGAUGCAUUCCAGAACUAAGUAUUUCAUAAAGUAUUCUAUGUACUAACUAUAUAUUUAUACGCAAGAACCACAACUGCAGCAGCCAAUUGCCAUCAAACUGAUAGACCGAACCGAAAACCCAGCAACUUAAGCCGUUAAUUAACAGCAAUAACUAAGUUACUAAGCACAUCUAACAAGCAACUAUGUAUGUUUAAGCCACACAAUGCAAAAUACAACCACAAAACAUAAUGUGCAGGACGUUGCGUGGCCAUUGACGCAUUGCCAUCGCGCCUGAUGGCCACGAAACGCACUGUCCGCGAACGACUGAAUCUGUAAUACUACACUUCGAGGCGAGUUAGGUUCUCGAAAAUAUCGCGCCACUUCGUCCUGUAAUCGUAACAUUAACCUAUCGUACAUAUAUGUAAUCCUAUCUGUAAAUAUAUAACUCGAGCAGGCCGAUUAUGUAACUAUAAACAGCAUACGAAUCGUAGCUAUAGCCAUGGCAAUAUGUUUAGCGUACGGAAACGAGAGCCCAGUGUGGUACGAAGCUUCAUCCUAAGCCUAAGUUCAUUUAGCACAAUUUCGCAGAGUAUCCGGCUCGGCGGCUAACUCAUUAAUGCGAAAUUAGCCAAAAUCCAAGACAACGCCUAUCCAAGGUACGUUGGCGCUUCCAUUGGAUUUGGGAUUCGGGAUUUGGAGGGCGAGCAUUCAAACAAAUUGUGAAAUAGUUAACAGAAGCGAAAUGCGAGGUGACAAAAAUACAAAACAAUUUAGAGCCAGAGGGAGAUUAAUAAUCACAAGAAUCGUAACAAAAGUGCGCUUCCAGGAGAAACAGAAGGAAAAGAAAACAAACACCACAACCUACAAAACAAGCAAAGAGAAACUCAUCCGAAAAAAAGAACGAAAUAUUUAAACAAACUAGCAACGUAAUGAAUAUGUAUUUUAAACCGUAAGAAACGUCUUCGAAACAUGUAAAUUAACUGAGAGAAAUGAUGGCAGAAGCAAAUCACAAUUUUAUUUAUCUUAGUAAUACCGAAUGAGAUUUUAGUACCAUACAAUAUAUACACACGCGUAUUCGAAGUAUUCUCGAAUAAAUAGGUUUAAAUAAUUAUUUAAAAAGC